AGCAGCGAGCAACAGGAGGAGCAGGGGGAGUUCAUCACUUUUCUUUUUCACUCUCGACUCUCUGUGUCUGCUGGGCUGAGACUGACAGCUUAAUUGGUUCCCUCAGGCGCUCUUUUCUUUCUCGUCUUCAAAUUCAGCUUUUCGUGCCGUCUGCCACACCUGCCUGCCAAGCUGCAGCGCUGAUGGGCGCGGCUGGGACCGGUGCCCAAAUCUCUGUUUUGACUUGCCUGGGAAAGUUGAGCGAAAAGGCACAAUAGGAUCGAGGACUUUAAGAACAUCCCUGCACGGCGCGUCAGCUUCACAUAAACACAUUGUUCCUUAGGUGGCUCAGUCGCUCCAUCCUGCGAGGAGUCCGUAUUUGAUUGGUACUUGUUGGAAGCGGUUGAAGAUAAAAUGGGAUGGACGAGUUAACAAGAAAGAUGGACUUCUCGGAAGAAAAGGUUGUGACAGAAACCGUAACAUCCACAACCAGACUGACGUCUCUCCCACCAAAGGGAACCAGCGGAUCAAAUCACAGGAAUAUGUCCAGCAGUGCUGGAGGGCUGGGCUUGGAGAAGAAUGUCUUAACCCAGAACAGCAGCAGUGGAACUUACUUUUCUUCAUCUUCUGUAGGCGUGAACACCGGGAGCUACAGCUCCUCCUCGGGAAUCUACCUCGGCGGAGACUCCUCAGGAGGAGGUGAUGGAGGUGGGAGCUACAUAGAUGGAGAAAGCUUUGGAGGUGGUGGAGGAGGAGGUGGAGGCAGCGGGGGCAGUUAUCUCGUGAGCUCCGUGUCCAAGGUCCGGUCCAGCUCGUCGGGCGGUGCAAGGAGAGCGCAGACUGCUGGCUCAUCAGGAGGCCUGUCGCCAGGUUUCCGGGAGAGGAAACACAUAUCUAGCCGCUCAGGAGGCUAUGACGGGAGUUCCAGUGCUAAUUCCUCUCCAGAAUUAACUCGCAAAGAUUAUGGAAACUAUUGCUCUGGUGCCACAAGAGGGAGAAGCGAAAGCAGAGAGAGCGAGAUCAGAGUCAGAUUGCAAAGUGCCUCCCCCACUGCCUGCAGAUGGACAGAGUUGGAUGACGUGAAGAAACUGCUGAAGGGACGCUCUAGCAGCGUCAGCCCCACUCGCUCCUCCAGCGCCUCCAUCACCCUGCCUGUCCCUAAAAAGGCCAGUGUGGAGACCAAGACCAUCUCAGUGGCCUCUCAGUCAGUUUCAAGUUCUUUUGGCUCUGGUGUGAGAUCACCUGGGUUCAACACCAUUGAUUUAUCAGGCCUGUAUGAUACCAGUCUGACAACUGGAAAGCUUGAUAAAUCAAGCCAGUAUGACAUCACAGACAAGUAUGAUACUGGUGUCAAAUCAAUCCAUUAUGAUGGUAGUCUUAAAUCAGGAAAGUAUGAUACUGGUGUGAGGUCAGGACAGUAUGAUAUCAGUCUGAAAUCAGGACAAUAUGAUACUGGCGUCAAAUCGACCCAGUAUGAUGGUAGUCUGAAAUCGGGACAGUAUGAUACUGGUGUAAGAUCAGUUCAGUACGACACCACUGUGAGAUCAGGUCAAUAUGACACUCUGGACUCCGUGGUGCUCCCCACUUUCUCCUGGUCCACCUCCACGCUGCCAUCCACCUCCACCACGGUAGUUGCUGGCAACACCAGCAGCUACACGUACCAAACUGGGCAGGUCAGCACCAACAACAUGGCUGGAGGCUUUGCACCAUUCAGCCCCACCUCUCCAUCAUCCCUGUCAGUUUACGGCUUUCAGAAUAAUCUGGCACCCACCUCGGGCAGUGUGCUCACCACCAGUGGAGCCAAUGUAAAUGCUAGCCUUGGAGGAUAUGGUGUUCAGAAGAACGUGUCAAAUGGUGGGAGUGCCAUCAGCACUGGAGUCUCUGCAACCACUAGAUCUCAAACUGAUGACACCUACAAGAGAGACUAUAAGUUUGUGGUCUCUGAAAAAGAGAACGUUCCAGCCAAAAGGGAAACAGAUAUGCUCAUUCUGGCAAAAGACACCGGCAAGCAGUUUACCAGCAGCAGCGUUCAUGUAGGAGGAGGGUCGCUGUCUGGAGACUCAAUAAAAAAAGAGAAGCUUAUUUCGAGCUACGGCGAAACGGCCCAACUGAAGACAGAGACGGGCAACUCUUACUAUGGUUCAUCUGGAGUUGUAAUGAAAGACAAAGCCACCUAUGCAGAAAUUCACAGGGACAGCGGCAUCUUUGGAGGUGGAGGACUAUGCUGUUGUUCGGACUCGUGUUGCUCCUGGUGGAAGUGGCUGCUGGGCCUUCUCCUCCUCUCCUUGCUCUUGCUGGGACUCCUGUUUGGCCUCAUUGCUUUGGCUGAGGAUGUGAGAAAGCUGAAGAAUCGAGUGGCGACCCUGGAAGCUGAGUCAUCGGUCAUUAACGCCCGAACCAGUCGGCUGUCUUCCAAUGAUAUCUAUGUGGGUGGUGGUGGUGGUGGUGGUGGUAUGGGCACGGACAACACAUUACAUGUGGGCAGAGGAGGUGGAGGCUCAAGUUCCAGAACAGAAAUUGGGAUUGCCACAGGUGCUGGCAGCUCUGGUGGUAAUGACAUCGGCCUUGGAGGAGCUGCUGAUACUUCUGGUGCCAUUGGUGCUGGAAGAGCUCGUACCAAUUUCAGCAGCAGCUCCAGCAGCAGCUCCAGCAGUACUGGAACAAGUUACAGCGUUGGGAGUGCUGGUACCAGUCAAAGUGGCAGCUUUGCUGAAACUGGUACUAGUUAUGGUGGCGGCACCGGUGCUGGCACUGACCUCAGGAUCAGCGUGAGUGGAGGACAGAUAGAUGCUGCUGCUCUUCAGCUGGCCAUGCAGCACAUGUUAAGGGCUGAGAUGCAAUCACAGGCAUUCAGAGCCUAUUUAGCAUCCUCAGUUCAGGGGGAGAGAGGAUUGCCUGGACCUAAAGGCGACCCUGGAACUAAAGGAGAGCCUGGUUUCUCUGGCACGCCAGGUCCUCCAGGUGCAAUGGGACAUCCAGGCCCUGAAGGUCCUAAAGGACAGAAAGGAAGUCAAGGUGAACAUGGACCUGAAGGGCCGCAGGGUCUCAGAGGUCGUGAGGGCCAAGUUGGCCCAAGAGGUGAGCAAGGACCUCCGGGCUUUGGAAUUAAAGGUGACAGAGGCAGUCAUGGAGAUCCUGGGGUUCCUGGGUCUGUGGGACCUAUCGGCCCCCCUGGACCAAAAGGUGCACAGGGACUUCCCGGACUUUCUGGGCCGCCAGGUCAGCCAGGUAAUCAAGGUUUCCGCGGAGAGCAAGGACCUCCUGGGCCUAAAGGUGACAGGGGGCUUCCUGGAUUCCAGGGACUUAAAGGUGAACCUGGUGACAAAGGUCCCAGAGGUCUGCAAGGUGAAGCUGGUUUACCAGGUGUGGCCGGGCCAGCUGGAGAAAAAGGCUCCAAAGGAUCAAUAGGACUCGCUGGACAAGAUGGUGCAAAGGGAUCAAGAGGUGACCAAGGACCCACUGGGCCCCCUGGACUCAGAGGUCCAACUGGACCUCCUGGGGAUACUGGACCUCCAGGAACACCUGGGCUUCAGGGACCACGAGGGAUUCCAGGAAAUCCAGGACAACCUGGUGCCAAAGGUGACACUGGUGAACCAGGACGGAUCAUCAAUGCAGCUGGCUCCACUGCUGUUGGCAUUCCAGGACCACCUGGGUCUGCUGGUCCUCCUGGGCCUCCUGGGCCUCCAGGAUUAUCAGGUCCCAUCGGCCCUGCUGGUCUGCCUGGCCCAGCUGGCCCUAAAGGUGACAGGGGAUAUAAGGGAGACCAGGGAGAACCAGGAAUAUCCAUAAGAACGAGUGACACUAUUUCCUCGAGCAGAGCAGAAAGGCAGUUCGGUGCCAGUGGUGUUUCGGCACUUCCUGGCCCGCCUGGUCCACCAGGGCCACCUGGGCUUCCAGGACGUCCAGGAGAUUCCAGACAAGGACCUCCAGGACCACCUGGGCCUCCAGGCCAGCCAGGUUAUGGAAGACCAGGACCUAAAGGAGACAAAGGGGACCCUGGCUUUGUAUCCAGCUCUGGUGGAACAUUUUAUCCAGGACCACCAGGACCACCCGGACCUCCUGGGCCUAAAGGAUCAACAGGUCCUCAAGGACUAAGGGGAUACCAAGGUGAACCAGGCCAGCCAGGUGUGCCCGGCUCCCCAGGAAGACCAGGAACCUCGGAGUCAGUGUCAACAUAUGCUGGAGGACAUGGGCUCCCAGGACCACCAGGUCCACCAGGGCCUCCAGGGCCCCAAGGAGCCAAAGGGGACACUGGAGCUCCUGGGAUUCCAGGCGCUUCAAGAGGCUCAAUCUCAGUCACCUCAGGUCCUCCUGGUCCUCCAGGUCCUCCUGGCCCUCCAGGCCUGCCGGGCUCCUUUGCUUCCUCCAGUGAGAUGCGCCAGUACAUCAGUGACUAUUUAAGUAGAUACAGACAAUCUGGCGUCCCUGGACCUCCAGGUCCACCUGGACCACCAGGACCCCCUGGAACAUACUCAGGCUCUAUAGAUGACAUCUCUGUUCGUGUCAUUGCAUACCUAAGACGUUCAGACUCAGGGUUCAGUUUGGGAGUUCAGGGUCCUCCAGGACCACCUGGUCCUCCUGGACCUGCUUCUGGUUCCCUGACAGUCAGUGGUCUCAUAGCUAUGCUUCAGAGAGAUGAUGUGAGGAGAUAUUUGGCAGGACCACCAGGGCCACAAGGACCUCCAGGACCACCAGGGACAUCAGUGGGGCUUUCAGGCAGUUACAGAAUAGAGGAGAUAGCUACAUAUGUCUUCAAUAUCAUGAACGAGAGAGGGAUUGCUAGAGGUCCACCUGGGCCACGUGGUCCUCCUGGGCUUCCGGGGCCUCCUGGUCCAGGAGGGUCUGGCUUCACUACCGCUACUAUUGACUAUUCUGCACUGAUGAAGAAUUCAGAUUUCCGUUCAUGGAUCACAUCUGCUGUACAACAAGGUCCUCCUGGUCCUCCAGGUAUUCCAGGGCUACCUGGCCCUCCUGGCCCUCAGGGCCCGCCAGGAGUCUCCACUGCUACUGUGUAUGGGGCGGGAGGUCGUGGCUACAGUUUGGAGGAAAUCCAGCGUUACCUGCAGGGUUCUGGGUUUAGAGGUCUUCCUGGCCCUCCUGGCCCUCCAGGUCCACAGGGUCCACCGGGCAGUUACACUGGAUCGGUUUCUUACAGUGGGAGCUUCCCUAGGGAGAGCAUCCGUGCUGAAGUUCAGCAGUAUCUAACCACUGACAGUGUUCGUCGUGCCAUCACGGGACCUCCAGGGCCUCCCGGUCCAAGGGGUCAGAAGGGAGAGCGUGGAGAGCCAGGUUACAUCCAGGGCUAUGCACAGAGCCAGAGCUACUCUCAGAGUGACUCUCGCCAUGGCAUUCAGUACAGUCAGAUUGAUGUCAGCAAGCUUGCUGAGACAUUGGACUACUCCAAUGUCGCCAUGAAAGUUACAGACUACAUCAAGAAUCAGGGCCUACUGCAAGGGUAUACGGGUGGCAGUUCGUUGACCACGAAUGUGCGAGCUAUCCAAGGCCCUCCAGGUCCGCCAGGCCCUCCUGGACCACCUGGUCACAGUCGUGUCUUCUCAACCUACAGCAAUAUCACAGCUGAUCUCAUGGACUUCUUCAGAACCUACGGCACCAUUCCCGGCCCUCCAGGAAGCCCUGGACCAAAGGGAGAUAGAGGGUACCCAGGACCAAGAGGAGACAAAGGUGAUCCUGGGCCUCCAGGUUUACCUGGAAUACCAGGGACAUAUGCUGUCCAAAUUCCACAUAAAGUGCAAAAGAGGGAAGCAGGUAAUAAAGUGGCUGGUCGUCGUCAGCAGCAGCAUCGCCGCCAAGCUGGCAGUGGCUAAAAAGGCUAACAUACUACUGGAUCACGUCAGAUUUCAUUUCAUUUUCACUCAGCUUUUUUUCUUUUUAGGUGUUUAACUGUACCAGUUUAAGUAGCUAAAAUGCUUUUUACUGUUUCCACCUGUAGAAAAGUCAGUUUAACAAAAUAAAAGCAGCCAGAAAAAUGCA